AUGACAAUGGAACUAGACUGGGAGCGCCUCAACGCCAUAUUCAGCCCCCGUCAGGAUAUUCUCGAUGGCAUAAAGCGAUGCGCCGAAACGCCCGGCAAGGUCGCCCUCUUCAACGAAAUCGCAUCGCAUAUUCAUACUAAACUGGCAGAAAACGGAGAGCCCGAGGCAAAGAGACGAAAGGUUCAGGCAGACCCUACAACGAAUGGGAGCACGAAUGGCGCGUCCGCGGCUGGGAAUCCAGCCGAAGACGCUAUUUUGCUGCAAGUCAAAGAGAUUUCCGUCUCGGUGCCGCAGAGGAAGAAAUUCGAGCUAUGCUUUACACCAAAUUUCCUGUAUGCGCGCCUGCCAGGAACAACAGUUCCCAUCCAGGCCAUGACCUAUGCCUGGACUGACAUUGAAAAGACUCAAGUGCAACAUAAUUAUAUCCUGUUUCCCCGAGGCUCCACGACACCACCCAAAUCCGGCCCGGUAACUGUCGAACCCCUCGUCUUUACAGUUCCCGCCACGGCACCCAAGGAGGGCUCGAUAGGAGGCAGUGAGGCCGGCUCGGCCGCCGCCGUCUCGGACACAUACAAGGGAUUGUUUCACUGGGCCUUUAACAGACGCCUCCGCGCCGCCGGCAGCGACGUCCACAUCGUCGCCUCGGACCCAAACAAAUUUCACAGCAUGGUCCGGCAACCGCACCGACCCAACGAAAAGGCCGUACACGUCGGCGCGUUUCGAGGCUCCAAGGACGGCUAUCUCUUCUUCCUGGAAACCGGCAUCCUAUGGGGCUUCAAGAAGCCUCUCAUCUUCAUCCCGCUGAAGCGCAUCGCCGCCAUGAGCUACACCAACAUUCUGCAAAUCACCUUCAAUGUCGUCAUUGAAGUGUUCCCCGAGGAGGAGGGCGAUGCCAACGACGAGUACGAGUUUGGCAUGGUGGACCAGCAAGACUACGGCGGCAUCGACGACUACGUCAAGCGCAACGGCCUGCAGGACCGCAGCAUGGCGGAGCAGCGCAAGGGCAAGCUUCAGCUGGCUGAGAACAAGGGCAAAAAGGGCGCCGACAGCGACGCGGCUAAUGGUGCCGGCGACGGCAUGACUGAAUUGGAGCGCGCGGCGCUGGGCGAAGACAUGGACGACGACGAUGAGGAUGAGGAGGACUACGCUCCUGGAAGUGACGACGGGAGCGGUGGAUCUGGGGAGUCGAGCGAUGAGGAUGAUGACGACGACGACGACGAUGAUGACGAUGCUGGCGAGGAUGACGAAGGUGACGGAGAGGGCGAUGAGGAAGAGGAAGCUGGUGAGGAAACCCCAGGACUGUCACUUAGAUAA